CAACUUAUUACCAUUUUGAGGACAAAAAUAAACAAAAACAGCUGCUUGUUAAAGUUCAAGACGUAAAAAUGAUUCGAAACCUAAGCUUCUUAAAACGCAGCAAUCUAUUGGCGAGGAAAUUCAGUUUAGAUGCUGGUGCAGGUACUGGGUCUACGCAGCAAACAUCAGAAACGAUUCGCGAAGUGAAGCAUCAUGAAAACUUGGCCGCCAAUUGGUGGAAUAAGAAAGGUCCAAUGGCAGCGCUGCAUGCCCUAAAUGAAAUUAGAGUUCCACUAAUACGCGAUGGAAUCGUGGCACGCGGCAAUGUAAAUUCACGUUAUAUAAACACAACAAAAGUAUUGAGUGGACAGUGCAUAUUGGAGGUUGGAUGUGGAGCUGGCUUACUAACCGAGCAACUUGCACGCUUGGGCGCUCAAGUUACAGGCAUCGAUCUUGGUGAGGAACUGAUAAAAACGGCAAAAGAACAUUUGAGCAACUGCAGUGCCGAACUCUGUGAUAGAGUCCAAUACAAAAUGGAACCCAUCGACCAGCAUGUCAAAGCGAAUUUCGAGAGGUAUGAUGCGCUAGUAGUUUCUGAAGUUCUAGAGCAUGUUGACGAUAAGGUGGCUCUACUAAGCGCUUGCGUAAAGACUCUCAAACCUGGCGGUUCCAUAUUCAUAACCACCAUGAACAAAACUGUGCCAAUGUGGAUCGGCGGCGUCGUCGUUGGUGAAUAUAUCCUAAAUAUAGCACCCAAGGGCACGCAUCACUGGGAUAAAAUGAUUGCGCCACUGGAUGUUCAACGCAUAUUGGAUACAAUGAAUUGUCAAACCGUGCUCGUCAAUGGCAGCACCUACGAUUUUUGUCGCAACACUUGGCGCUGGAUCAACUCCACACAGCUUUGCUAUGCGCUGCAAGCUGUUAAACAGAUGCCAUCUGAAUGCAGCUGAGCAAGUUUAUUUAAUAUUUAGAGUUAAGUCACUAUGUAAUAUGCUUAUAGUGUUUAUUUAAACCUCGUCAUCUUC